CGCCGCCUCAGGACAACAGAGGGCGCUGUCCGCAAAGAGGCCGCCGCCGCCGCGGCCGCACCAGUGCACGCCGGGGCAUGGGGAACCCGCCGCGGCCCGGUUGGUUUGGGUUUGGGUUCCGCGGUUUCGGGCAGGCUCUGGGCUCGGAGCUGGGGCAGCGGAGCAGUUUAUACGGGCCCGAGCCGCUGGUGCUGGAGGACAACGGAGAGAGAGACCCGGAAAAGGCCCAGGCUGCGGUCAUCGAAGUCCUCCAAGUGCGGCCGAGCUGGAGCUUCAGCGGCUUCUUGACACGAGACGGGUGCCUGCUGCUGUCGGGCUCUGUGAGUGGCCAGCUCCCAGGAUGCAGGGACUUGCUGGCCUCAGAGCAGCAUCUGCUUGUGCUGCGUGUGGAGGCCGAGGGGACGCCAGCGGAGGUGCAGGCCUGGGCUGCAGCCCCUGAGCUUGGAGGGGAGCCCCUGUGGAGCCAGCAGCUCCUGCAGCAGGGAAGCCAGGAGAAGGAGCCUGGGUCUGGGAACCAGACCGGAGACCCUGUGGCCCCUGCUUUGCUCCCCUUAGUUCCGGAGCCCGGCUGGUACGUGAGCCCUCGGCAGCCUUUCUCUCGACCCCUGGCUCCGGAGCUGAAGGCCCAGCAGCUGGUGCUGGGGGCAGAGCAUGCCCUACUGCUGGCUGGAAUGGGGCAGGUGUACACGUGGGGCACAGGCAGACACGGGCAGCUGGGCCACGGGGCCCUGGAAGCCGAGCUGGAGCCCCGGCAGGUGGAGGCACUUCAGGGCCUGGCCAUGGCCCAGGUAGCAGCCGGAGGGUGGCAUUCUCUCUGCGUGAGUGAGGCUGGUGAUCUCUAUGUGUGGGGCUGGAAUGAAUCCGGGCAACUGGCCCUGCCUUCCAGAGCCAUUGCAGAAAGAGAGAAGACGGCGGCGGGUGCUUCUGGGCCAUACGCGCGCAGUCCUGACGCACAGGUCCCGGUCGUGGAUGGGGAUGGAGACCCCGCUCAGUUCAUAGCCCUCCAGCCUUUCCCAGCAUUACUGGAUCUUCCUGGGGGCUCAGAGGUCAGCAAGGCCAGCUGUGGAUCCCGACACACCGCUGUGGUGACCCCACACCCUCAGCUUCUCCAGAGAGGUUCAUUGUUCAAUUCAUUCUGGCUGAUUGUGACUUGCCCUGGCCGGGCAGGGCGCAGUGACCAUCUCACUUCUGUUGUUUCAAUUGUAGGAGAUGGGGAACUCUACACUUGGGGCUGGGGCAAAUAUGGACAACUUGGUCACAAGAAUACAGCUAGUUUAGAUUGCCCCCAGCGGGUGGACUAUUUCACAGACAAUCUGCUCCGUGUGGAAGCUGUGAUCUGUGGCCCAUGGAACACUUAUGUGUAUGCUGUGGAAGAAAAGACCAAACUUUCUAGCCAGCUGGACAAAACCUCACUGUAGCUGCAGAUUCUGAAUCAGUUGUGCCUGUCUUUUUAUAGAUGCAGGAAACAUUGUGGGGGGAAGGGUUUCUAUCUGUAUCGGUAUGCACAUAACUUUAAAAUUUGCUUUGCUAAAACUCAAAAACAAACUUUCAAGUCAAAUAAAGUGUCUUCUAGUACCUCCUA